AUGGCUUCCCGCGGGGGAUCGUCCCGCAUGCCCUCGCGGCUCCACUCGCGCUCCAACUUCACCACCCGCUCCGCCCAGGACGACUCGCACCAGCUGCAGCGCCGCUGGUCGCUCUCGCAGAUGUCCGCCCAGGACGAGGCCGAGCCACUGCUGGCCGCCGGACCCCGCCGCCGCCGUCCGGUCAGCGUGCCACGUGAGAACAGGACCUUCGGCUCCUUCCUGAGCGCCCUGUUCACGCGCCGCGCCUCGACCCGGAGCCGCAGCGGCCACCGCAGGACGCGCUCUUCUGGGACCGACCGCUGCAAACCAGCCAGCGCCCCCGCCAAGCUCGGCACCUUCGCCGGUGUCUUCGUGCCCACUACCCUCAAUGUCCUGAGCAUCCUGAUGUUCCUCCGCUUUGGCUUCAUUCUUGGCCAAGGCGGACUUCUUGGCAUGAUGGGAUUGCUUGUCGCGUGCUAUGCUAUCAACCUCCUGACCACGCUAUCCGUCUCUGCCAUUGCGACCAAUGGAACAGUAAGGGGCGGAGGUGCAUAUUAUCUCAUUUCACGUAGCCUUGGGCCCGAGUUUGGAGGCUCCAUCGGAAUUGUCUUCUACCUCGGCUGUGUUCUGAACACAGGCAUGAAUGCUGUUGGUCUGGUUGCUUGCUUCGUCCAGAACUUUGGCUCCACCCACGGAAGCUGGGCCAACUGGCUGCCUGAUGACUUUUGGUGGCAGUACCUUUGGGCUACUGUCGUCCUCGCCGUCUGCACCGUGAUUUGCUUGGCUGGAAGUAGCUUGUUUGCCCGCUGUAGCAAUGCGCUUUUGAUUAUCCUGCUUGUCGCUACUUUCAGUAUUCCCGUCUCUACCCUGGUUCAAACCCCCUUCUCAAACGUAAAGCUGGGCAUUGAGUAUACAGGACUCAGCCUUGAGACACUAAAGGGAAAUCUAUUGCCAAACCUCACCCAGGGCGCGGCUGGGAGCGGGCUGAAGGGUAGGGAGACGUGGCAAGAUCUGUUUGGUAUCUUGUUCCCCGCAACGGGAGGCAUAUUUGCUGGCGCUUCGAUGUCGGGAGACUUGGAAGCCCCCAGCAAAUCCAUUCCGAAAGGCACUCUCUACGGACUGGCUCUGACGUUUGUGACUUACACCAUAGUGAUCAUCUCUAUGGCUGCCAGCAUCACGAGGCUAUCCUUCUACAACAAUGAUAACGUAAUCCAAGUGGUGAAUGUUUCCGGCGCUCUCGUUCUCUUGGGAGAAUUCGCCUCCACGCUCUUCUCCACCCUGAUGGGAGUCAUCGGGUCCGCCAAGCUCUUGCAGGCUCUGGCUCGCGACAAGCUCAUCCCAGGGCUUUUGGUUUUUGCUCAAGGAAGCAAAGCCGCCGACGAGCCAAUGCUGGCGAUCGGCCUGACAUACGUCCUCUCACAGCUGACCAUGCUCGCUGAUAUCAACCAGAUCGCCUCGCUGGUGACCAUGGCGUACCUCAUGACUUUUCUGGUCACCAAUCUAGCAUGUUUCCUGCUGAAGGUGGCCUCAGCACCCAAUUUCCGGCCGUCGUUCCACUUCUUCAACUGGUGGACUGCCGCAAUAGGAGCCAUAGCAAGUGCACUCACAAUGUUCUUCGUCGACGGCCUGUCCGCCUCUGCCUGCUUCGCCACUAUUGUCUUGAUAUUUCUCAUUAUUCACUACACCACACCUCCAAAGGCCUGGGGAGACGUCAGUCAGAGUUUGAUCUACCAUCAAGUCCGAAAGUACCUUCUCCGAUUACGCCAAGAACACGUCAAGUUCUGGAGACCCCAGAUUCUGCUUUUCAUCAACGAUCCCCGGAGACAGUACAAGCUAAUUCAGUUCUGUAACUCUCUCAAGAAGGGCGCGCUGUUUGUUCUUGGCCAUGUCAUCGUCACAAACGAUUUCGCGGGGGCCGUCCCAGAAGUGAAGAAACAACAGUCUGCCUGGACAAAGUAUAUUGACUUCUCCCGGAUCAAAGCCUUCAUCAGCAUUGUCAUUUCUCCAAACAUCGAAUGGGGCACGAGGAACGUUGUUCUGAGCGCCGGACUUGGCGGGAUGAAACCCAACAUUGUCGUCAUGGGCAUAUACAAUCUUAAUGAUCUCCGGACAAACCCGCUGGUCGAUGUACCGUCCCCGCAACCCGAACAUACACAAGGUACGGCCAACGGCACCGCUCCGCAUAGACUGAAAUCGAAAGGGAAGUGGAAAAUUGCCGAGGAAAACAAGCUCAGAGGCCAACUCCCCACGGAUGCCAUUCGGAAGGAGAGUGCUGUAACGCCGCAAAGCUACGUCACGAUCCUCGAGGACCUGUUGCUCCGUCUUCAGAUGAACGUCGCAAUUGCCAAGGGCUUCCAAGAUCUUGAGCUUCCGGCUCCCAGGCCGUCAAGGCUCGAGAGGGUGCUUGAUGCCUUGCAUGCCAAGAGUGCGGACGAGGAAGAGGGCACUAAGAAGUACAUUGACCUCUGGCCCAUUCAGAUGUCUGCAGAGGUUGCUGCGCCCAGCGACGGCACGCAAAGCAUUCUCACAACGAACUUUGACACAUACACGUUGAUCCUCCAGCUUGGGUGCAUUCUCAAUACCGUCCCGUCCUGGAAGCGAGCCUAUCGUCUCCGAGUCGCCGUCUUCGUAGAGUACGAGUCCGACGUCGAAGAGGAGCGAGCAAGAGUCAAAGCUUUGCUCUACAACCUGCGAAUCGAGGCCGAAGUCAUGGUCUUAUGGCUUGCUUCUGGCGACCUGCAGUCGUAUGAGAUCAUCGUCAACGGCCAGGCUGACGAAUCGUACCGUGAAGCGAGGCAAGAUAUCGAGGAGGCCUUGAGGGAGGAAGCUUGGUGGCAAGAUAUACAGAAGCUCCGUCAAAGGCAAACCGGGGCCAUAACGCCCAUGGAAGAGCUGGCGCAGAUUGAGGGCUUCCUCGAGACUGCUUCAAACUGGCCAGGCACAGCCUUCCGACAAGGCGACCGGGAAACCAAGUCAAAAAGGUUCGCAGAUAUCAAGGAUAUGCUUAUUGAGCGUCGCAGAACCUCUGUUGGCAGCCUCAAGCAGAUGGGUGUCAGUAUGGGAAUGCGGACUCACCGGCUCCCGCCCGGACUCGAUGGACAAGAGAGCUCGAGCGACGGUUCAUCGUCCGGUGGCGAAUCCGAGGCCGAAUGUAGCGAUAGCGAUCGUUCUGCAUCUUCAGAAAACGACCCUCAAACCGAAUCCGACGAAGGGACGCUCAGCCCGAUGCGGCGAGCCCGUAGUGAAAGAGAGAGCACCAGCUCAUUCCCCAGCACUCCGAGACAGCAGUCGCAGCCGCGCCGAGGCGAGCUUCUUCCUCCUGCGCCAACCGCUGCUGCGAACUCUGAUAGCACCCUCGUCACCUCACAGCCUCCCACCAAUGCCGGCUCCCACCAAUCUCCGCCUACAUUUACGUCCAAGCCAGUCCCCCGCACCGAGGUGGCCGCCGACGACGGACCGGGACCCUCAAUCAUGUUCGCGGAGCCGCUCUCGCCUGAGGAACAGCGCGAGCGUCGUUUCGGCACCUCCAUCUACACGCGCAGUGGUUCGCCCCAGGUUGCCGCACCUCUGCCUGGGCCGGCGAACCCCGACGAAAGCGGCUCCGACUCCCCCUCCACGCCGGGUAGCCCCGGCGCAGCGUCCUCGUCGAUGUCGCAGGCCUCGGGCUUCCCGCUCCAGCAGUCGGUGCCGCUGAGCUUCAACGACCUGCCGUGCCGCGCACAGCACCUCAUUCUGAACGAGCUGAUCAGACGCGAGAGCGGCAAGGAUCAGCGUACCGCCGUCGUCUUCACCACGCUGCCCAGCCCCGUCGAGGGCACUUGCGAGGACGAGCAUGCAAGUGUGAGGUACCUUGCGGACUUGGAGGUCUUGUGUCAGGGGUUGCCCCCGGUGAUGCUGGUGCAUAGCAAUAGCAUGACCGUGACGACGAACCUGUGA